CACAGUCACACCCACGGGAUCCGAGGGCACUGCAGGCAGCGAGGCUACCACUGACGACACGACUGACGCCACCACGACGGACGCGACAACUGACGCCACCACCACCGAUUCCACUACGACGGUGGGUGGAAGCACUGCGGAAGAGGGAAUGAUGGGAGACGACCCCGCCGCCGGUGCCACGACGCCAGCUUCCACGGACGCCACGACGGACGGCUCCACUACGGAUGCCUCCACAACAGACGCUUCUACGACCGACGCCUCGUCCACUGACGCGACGACAGACGCCGCUGCGACCGACGCCUCGUCCACUGACGCCACCACGGACAGCUCAGCGAGCGGGGCGCCUGCUAGCGGCGCCACUGCUGCUGCGGCGGAGUCCUCCACCGACGGAGCAACCGAUGUGACGGGCUCGUCCGGCGCCACCGACGAGUCCAGCACCGACAGUACGGCCAUCGGUGUGCGAUCCGGAGUCACCGACCCCACUGCGGACACCGCCGCCACGGACUCCACGGCCACAGAGGGCACAGCGGGCACCGACAUGACGGACGUGAUGGCCUCAAGCGUCACGGAAAGCACCACUUCGUCGAUGUUCGAGCCUUGGGGAUCAACCACGUCGGCAGCACUGGAUGAGGUUACGGGCAAGAGGAAGCGCAAGUGCAAGAAGAGGAGGAGGAAGAAGAAGGACCCCACCAAGUGCCAUGCCUUUGAGUUCGGUUGCUGCUGGGACGGCGAGACGGAAGCCAAGGGACCGUUUGGUGAAGGGUGCUCGGAGGCCAAGACGUGCAAGGAUACCAAGUUUGGCUGCUGCCCUGACGAGGUAUCCCCCGCCGAGGGUCCGGACAACGACGGCUGCCCCGACUCCCAGUGCGCGGAGAGCCUCUUUGGCUGCUGCCAGGACAAGACGAGCUAUGCGACGGGCAACAACUUUGAAGGCUGCCCGGAGCCGGAGACAUUGCCCUUCGACUGCAAGAGGACUCAGUUCGGCUGCUGCCCAGACGGCGUGAUGGCGGCGUCAGGCAAGAAGUACCAGGGCUGCUUCGAGUGCGAAGGGUCGGGCGAGUGCAAUUCGUGCAAGGACACCAAGUACGGAUGCUGCCCGGCAAGCGAGCGCGCGGCCACGGGACCCUUCUUCCAGGGCUGCGAGGGACUCUGCCUGAAGACCAAGUACGGCUGCUGCCCGGACAACAAGACGCCGGCCAAGGGCAAGAAGAACAAGGGAUGCCCCAAGGCUGCCUGCCUCAAGGAGAAGAACGGCUGCUGCGCGGACGGCGUCACGCCCGCUCACGGCCCGGACCAGCUGGGCUGCUGCGUCAACACCGAAUUCGGCUGCUGCCCAGACAACAUGACUCCGGCAAAGGGGCCCAACAACGACGGCUGCACGUGCGAGAACACCAAGUGGGGAUGCUGCCCGGACAACUACACCAUCGCGACGGGCAAGAACAACUCGGGCUGCGGCUGCCACUACACGGAGCACGGCUGCUGCCCGGACGGCAUCACGGCGUCGCCCAAGCCGGGCUACGAGGGCUGCGCCUGCUGGACCUACCAGUUCGGCUGCUGCCCGGACGGCGAGACGACGGCGAAGGGCCCCAACGAGCAGGGCUGCGGCUGCCAGCAGACCGAGUUCGGCUGCUGCGAGGACGGCACCACCCCGGCCAAGGGCCCCGCCAGGGGCGAGGGCUGCGACUGCACCUCCACGCGCUUCGGCUGCUGCCCCGACGGCAACUCCACCGCGCAGGGCCCGAGGUUCGAAGGUUGCGCCGACAAGCCGUUCAACCCCACAGAGGCGUGCGUGUUGGACAAGGACAGAGGCAGCUGUCGCAACUUCACGGUGCGGUGGUUCUUCGACAAGGAGUACGGUGGCUGCACGCGCUUCUGGUACGGCGGCUGCGAGGGCAACGCCAAUCGCUUCCGGACGCAGGAGGAGUGCAAGGGCGUGUGCGUGGAGCCCAAGGGCAAAGAUGUGUGCAACCUGCCCAAAAUCGAGGGCCCCUGCGAGGGCUACUACCCCACCUGGUACCACGACGCGGAGCGCGGCCAGUGCGGCCAGUUCAUCUACGGCGGCUGCCUGGGCAACAACAACCGCUUCAAGUCCCGCGAGGAGUGCAGCAGCUUGUGCGCGUCGGAGACUCUGGACGCCUGCGCCGCCCCGGUGGAACCCGGCCCGUGCAACGGAUCCUUCCCACGCUGGGCCUUCGACAAGGACACCAGGACCUGCCGACAGUUCUCGUACGGUGGAUGCAAGGGCAACAAGAACUCCUUCAGCACAGAGGCAGCCUGCCUGUACAAGUGCAACAAGCCCGGCGAAAGCCGAAGCGUUUGCCCGCUGCCGAAAGAGGUCGGCGACUGCUCCGAGAAGCUCGCUCGCUGGGCUUUCGACGCGACGGAGAACCGCUGCGUGCCGUUCUACCACACGGGCUGCGGAGGCAACGGCAACACCUUCGCGACGCGCGAGGCGUGCGAGACGGACUGCCCGAAGCGUGUGGCCCAGGACGUGUGCCUGCAGCCCGCGCUCACGGGCGAGUGCCACAACUACACGGAGCGCUGGUACUACGACGCGCUGGAGGGCCACUGCAAGCAGUUCUACUACGGCAACUGCGGCGGCAACCACAACAACUUCCGUUCGCGCGAGGCGUGCCAGCAGCGCUGCGAGCGCGGCGGCCAGCCGGCGGAGCCCCCGCGGCCCCCGCGGCCGGACUACGACCAGCGGCCCCCGCAGCCCCCGCAGCAGCCGCAGCAGCCCGAGGCCCCGCAGCUCACCGCCAGGGACAUCUGCUUCAUGCCGGAGGAUCCUGGACGCUGCGGCGAGUCCCUGCCCCGCUGGCGGUACGACCGGCGCGACGGUGUGUGUCGGCAGUUCGUCUACAGCGGCUGUGAGGGCAACCGGAACAACUUCGAGCGGCGCGAGGACUGCGAGAACACCUGCGCCAACGCCCAGGACCCGUGCGAGCUGCCCAAGAUGGAGGGCCCGUGCCGCGCGGCCCACGCGCACUUCUACUACAACGCGCGCACGGACGAGUGCGAGGAGUUCAUGUACGGGGGCUGCCAAGGCAACGCCAACCGCUUCGUCGAGAGGCAGGAGUGCGAGCAGCGCUGCGUGCGCGACCCCAACCGCGUGCCCAGCCUCAACGCCCGCGGCCGGCUCGGACCAGAGUCGCCGCAGGCCGAGUCGUGCGCGGUGCGCGUCGACCCGGGCCCCUGCGAGAACUACACCAUCCAGUACUACUUCGACGACCGGUCCAACUCGUGCCAGCCCUUCCAGUACGGCGGCUGCGGCGGCAGCGCCAACCGCUACAACUCGGAGGAGCAGUGCGAGCGCGUGUGCGGCACGCUGCGCGGCCAGGACGUGUGCAGCCUGCCCUACGAGGCGGGCCCGUGCCGCGGCUCCAAGGCCAAGUGGUUCUUCGACGCGGGCGUCGGCAUCUGCCGCGAGUUCAUCUACGGCGGCUGCCGCGGCAACGGCAACCGCUUCUCGUCCAGCGAGGAGUGCUCGUCGCUGUGCCUGCAAAAGACCGAGCUGCCCGUCCAGGGCGGCGUCGACGCCCAGCGACCGCCGCCGCGGCAGCGGCCCGGGGACGAGAGCGCCAACGCCAUUGACACGGCGCAGUGCGAGGCGGCGCGGCGCGAGUGCGCGGAGCAGCGCUGCCCGUACGGCGUGGCGCGCCUCGUGGACGCCUCGGGCUGCGAGCGCUGCACCUGCUACAACCCCUGCCAGGACAUGCGCUGCCCGCCCGACCAGCAGUGCGGCAUCGAGCUGGUGCGCUCCAGGGACCCCGCGGAGCCCACGCAGUUCAGGGCCGUCUGCCGACUGAUCAACAAGCCCGGCGAGUGCCCCGCCACCACGACCAACUCGUGCAGCACGGACUGCUACUCGGACGCGGACUGUUCGGACGAGGCCAAGUGCUGCUACAACGGGUGCGGCCAGUCCUGCGUCCACCCUGCGACCGACUCGGCGCCGCCCACGACGGCCGCGCCGCCACCGCCGUAUCGGCCGUACGAUGAGGUUCCGCAGGCCCCGCAGCUGAAGGUCGAGGAGCCGCAAGUGACAGCUUCGGAGGGAGGCUUCGCGACCCUGCGCUGCAUCGCCACGGGCUACCCGUACCCCACCGUCACCUGGAGGAAGGACUCGGUCACGAUCGACGGCGCUGGCGGCCGGCACAAGAUCAUGACGGACGGCAGCCUGCAGAUCAUCGGGCUGGUGCGCACCGACUCGGGCAUCUACCUCUGCAUCGCGGACAACGGCAUCGGACCCACCAUCACCAAGGAGUUCCGCCUGGACGUCACGGACCCCGUGGAGCAGGAGGCGCAGGUGAUCGGCGACCUGAACGCGGAGGUGAUCGCCACCCUGGGCGAGGCGGCGGCGCUGCAGUGCUACGCCUACGGCUACCCCAAGCCCUACAUCACGUGGUGGCGCGGCGAUCGCAUGCUGCCGCUCAGCUCCGAGCAGUACGAGCAGCGCCACGAUCACUCGCUGCUCAUCGGCAAGGUGGGCCUGCGCAACCUGGGGCCCUACACGUGCCAGGCGUACAACGGCAAGGGCAAGGCCAACUCGUGGACGGUGACGGUGAAGGCCGUGGGCCUGCCCACGUCGGCGAGCCCCGAGGACAUCCAGUACCACCAGUACCUGCUGCCGCCCAACGCAGUGUCGCCCUCGCGGCCGCACGAGUACCCGGUCCCGGGCGCGCCGUCGUACACGCAGGCGCCGGACCUGCCCGGCCCGCCCGUCACCGAGGAGCCCAGGAAGUUCGUCGCACCGGUACACACCAACAUCUCCUCAACUCAGAGGCUGUUCCCCGUCGGCGGCGAUGUAUCCAUCCCCUGCCAGGUUGAAGGGUACCCUAUCCCCAGAGUAUCGUGGUACAAGGACGGCGUCAGACUGGACCCUUCGGACACCGUCCGAAUCUCCGAGGCAAAUCGCCUGGAGAUUCUCCGCGCCAACGAAAGCGACUCCGGGACGUACCGAUGCGAGGCUGCGAACCAGUACACGUCGCACUGGUCUGAGGUGGCCAUCACCGUCACAGGCACGUACGUCCAUCCCAACUGCACGGACAACCCCUUCUUCGCCAACUGCCAGCUGAUCGUGCGCGCGCAGUACUGCACGCACCGCUACUACGCGCGCUUCUGCUGCCGCUCCUGCACCACGGCGGGACAGCUGCCCUCGCACGGGCCGCACCUGGACGACGCUGCGCAAGCUGCCGCCGACCUGAGAGGACCCCCGAGAGGCAGGAGGCGACGCAGCCUGGCGCGACGCAGCCUGAUGGCCCAGCUGGCCGUACUCAGGUCCCUCCCCUAGUCAAGGGGGCCACACAUAUGGACUGAAGAUAGGAGCCUCUAUGCGCUUUCUAUUUAAUUUUUCAGGGCUUAACGACCAGCGUUUAUGUUCCUUCAGCAGUUUGGUACACAGACAAGUUGUAUUGCAUAUUACCCAGUUACCUCAAGGUGCAGAGUUGUUUUGUUGUUUGUUGUUGUAUUUUCUCUGUAAUGCGAAACCUUAUGUACAAAUAUCUUCUUGUGCGAAAUGGAAUUUGCAGUAGAAGGCCAAUCUGUUGAAGAUAUAAAUAUUCUAUUAGUGAUUUUGAGAAUCAAAACUCAACCAGAGAAAAUAUGUAAAUUAUUAAUUAGAUUAAUUUAUGGGGUUGUAGUAGACCAUCAAUUCGCCAUAUUCAUCUCAUUUUGUAGUAAAUUAUAA